AUAAAUAAAUAAAAAUUAAAAAAAAAAAAAAGAACCACUGUUCUAGGUCAUUCCCUCCACGUGUGCUCAGGAUUUCACUUAUCCCACUUUAGUAGAAAUACUGAUUUUUGAAGUAUCCUCCAUUUUUCUUUUAUCUCAUGUUUUUUUUAGUUACUUUGCUACUUAGAACAAGGUCUGUGGACCAGCAGCAUCAGCAUCACAUCAGUGUCAGCUUGUUAGAAAUGCAGAGUCUCAGACCUACAAGGUCAGAAUCUGCACUUUAAAAGACCUAUGUGGGCAUUCAUGUGUGAGAAGCCCUGCCUGUGGAUCAUUCUCAGCAGGCAAGCAAGCAGGUUCUUGAUUUUUCUCCUCCAAGCCUGCCCAUCUAUCUUCCAGUGUCCACGUUAGUGAUGGCACCACCAUUCAUGCAGCUGCUCAGGCUAAACAGGAAUUAUUCUUUCUCACAUGUCCUACAUCCAGUUCAUCACCAAAUUGUGUGAUUUUAGAAUUAUAUAUCCUGCAACUUCACUUCUACAGGUUUGUUCUUGAUCCAAGAUGCCAUCAGCUCUCUGGUGCUGGUCCCAAUUUCUUACCUGGUUGCUCGGCAUCCAACCUGUUCCCCUGAAGCUUGUUUUCUUCCAGUCAACCACAGUGCUCCUUUAAAAACAGAUCUUCUACUUCCUCUCAAAAUCCUACAAUGGUUCCCUGUCAUAUUUAAUAUAAAAUCCAAAGCCAAAGUUGUCGUCCUGUGGUCUGUCAGACUGUAUGUGAACUGCCUUGGCCACUUCUCCUCCUCUCAGACCACUUCACUCUAGCAACUCCGCUCACCUCUUUUACUUUCUCAGGCCUGGUUCACUCCUGGGUUUUUUGUGCUCUUUCCCUUUUCCUCUCCUUUCCCCUUUCCUUUUCCCUUUACUUUCCCUUUCCUUUUCCUUUCCUUUUUACUUUCCCUUUCCUUUUCUUUCCUCUCCUCCUCCUUUCCCCUUCUCCUCCUUUGCACUUUGUUUAGUAGAAUGCUUUUUCACCCAAAUGACCUGCUCUCUCACUUCAUUUAGGUCUCCCUCAUUAGCUCAUCUGAUACAAGCAACUCUCACGACUCUUUAUUCUCUUAUCUGGCUUUAUUUCUCCUUGAACUUACUCAUGUAUUAUGUCUGUCUGCCACGCUGGACUAGACUAAGCUGUAAACCUGUCUUCUCCAUUUUAGUCAUGGUGCUACCAUUCUUCUAGUUGCUCAAACCAGAUGCCUGGAAUGUAGGUUUGAUUCCCCUCCCCCCUUCCUUUCCACUGCCGCUCACUCCUAUUGUUAAAGUAUAUCUGAAACCUUUCAUUUCUUACACUCUCCAUGUCUACUGUCCUUAUCUGUGAUCCCAUCAUCUCUUACUUGAGUCUCCUCUCAUUGAUACACUUGUUCUGCAUAGGAGCCAGGGGGCAAGUGUUUUCUAAAAAUGUGAUCAAAUUAUUCCUUAAAGUCCUGCUAUGUGUUCCUAUUGUACUUGAUCCCUUGCCUUACAAGGCCCUGUUUACCAAUGCAGCAACACUACAUGCCAUUUAUCCCUUGUUCACCUUUUUUUUCUUUGAUUCAUUUGUUUUCUCUAUCCCCCUGCGUGGAAUCCCUCUCUUCCUUUUUUGAAUAGUUAAUUCCUCCCCCAUUUUUAAGGACUCAGCUGAAAUGUGACAUACCCAGAGAUAUAUAUGCCUUUACCACUGUAUUAAAAUAGUUUUUUCCAACCUCCAUUAUUUUCUGUCUCGGACCCUAUUUGCUUUCUUUGUAUCAUUUCAUAUUUGCUUGAAAGACACUUUAAAGAAAAUGAAAUGGUAAGUCACAGUCUGGGAGAAGGUAUUUGGGUGGGAUACAUGCGUUCGACAAUGGGCUCAUCUCCAGAAUAAAUAACUUGUAAAUCUAUAAUAUAAAGGAAACACAAUCAGGCAAAAAGAUGGGAACAAAUGCCUCACAAAAGAAGAUGAAUGGCCAAUAAACACAUGCAAAUAUGCUCACGUUAACUGUUCGAGGAGUUAAAGUCAAAACCACAAUGAUAGACAAUGAUGGCAAAUUGACCAAUGUAGAUCUACUGGAUCUCUUCGUCUACGCUAGGAAUGCAAAAUGGUACGUCUGUUUUUGAAAACGGGUGGCAGGUUUCUGUGGAGUUAAACAUUCACUUACCAUAGGACCUACACGCCCUGGGGGAAGCAGUUACCACCCAUAUACAUUUUUCAAAACUCAUGGAAUCGUACACUUAAAAUUUGCGCAUUUUAUUGAAUCUAAACUUUGCUAUAAAAGCAAAAUGGGGGGAAAAAACCCAAAAUGAUAAUCAGAAAAGUUCCCGGGGGGGGGGUGUUGUCCUCGGUCCUUCCGGAGGACCCAGAGGGACCCGGUCGCGGGCGCCUCCAGAUUGGCAAGCCAGGCACUCGGAGGACGGGAAACGAAAGCUCGGGAAGAGUGCGGUUGGCCCGGGAGGCGGGGCAGCGGCAGCGCACCCCAGCACCCUGGCCCGCGGCCGCCAGUUGCGCUUUCGAUUUCCCAUCCGCAGUUGGGGUUCCCCGGCGGCGGCCCCGCCUCUCAGCGCUGGGUCUGCGUCCGCUGCCCAAGAUCCCUGCAAGCCCCGCACAGGCAUUUAAGGGAGUGAGCGCCGGCGAGGUGCGGACGUCCCCGGGAGCUGAGCUGCAGAAUGACGGCCGAGGAGCGGCGAAACCUGCACGCCUUCCGGGACUAUGUCAUCAAGACUCUGGACCCUGCCUACAUCCUGAGCUACAUGGCCCCCUGGUUUAAGGAUGAUGAGGUGCAGUAUAUUCAGGCUGAGAAGAACAAUAAAGGCACGAUGGAGGCUGCCUCACUUUUUCUUAAGUACCUAUUGGAGCUCCAAGAAGAAGGCUGGUUCCGUGGCUUUUUGGAUGCCCUUGGUCAUGCAGGUUAUUCUGGACUUUAUGAAGCAAUUGAAAGUUGGAAUUUCCAAAAAAUUGAAAGUCUAGAGGAGUAUAGAUUGCUUUUAAAGCGUUUACAACCAGAAUUUAAAACUACAGUUAAUCCAAAUGAUAUUCUUCCUAAAAUAUCUGAAUGUUUAAUUAGUCAGGAAUGUGAAGAAAUUAUACAGAUUUGUUCCAACAAGGGACUGAUGGCAGGUGCGGAGAAAAUGGUUGAAUGCCUUCUCAGAUCAGACAAGGAAAACUGGCCCAAAACUUUGAAACUUGCUUUGGAGACAGAAGAGAGCAAGUUCAGUCAACUGUGGAUUGUGGACAAAGAUGCUGAACCGAAAGUUCUUGAGGAUGAUGAAAUAGAAACUUCCGAAGUACAGAUUUUCUAUAAGGAAGAACCAGAAUGCCAGAAUCUUAGUCAGGACCCAUGUACACCUUCAGUUGCUUCUACUUGCACCCCACUGAAGCCAAGAAAUUACCAACUAGAACUUGCUUUGCCUGCUAAGGAAGGAAAAAAUACAAUAAUAUGUGCUCCUACUGGUUGUGGAAAAACCUUUGUUGCCCUUCUUAUUUGUGAACAUCAUCUUAAAAAAUUUCCUCAAGGACAAAAGGGGAAGAUUGUCUUUUUUGCUAUUCAAAUCCCAGUGUAUGAACAGCAGAAUUCUGUGUUCUCCAAAUAUUUUGAAAGACUUGGGUACAAAGUUGCAGGUAUUUCUGGAGCAACAUCUGAGAAUAUCUCAGUGGAACAGAUUGUUGAGAACAAUGACAUCAUCGUUUUAACUCCACAGAUUCUUGUGAAUUGCCUUAGAAAUGGGACUAUUCCAUCACUCUCUGUCUUUACUUUGAUGAUAUUUGAUGAAUGUCACAACACCAGUAAACACCAUCCUUACAAUAUGAUCAUGUUUAAUUAUCUAGAUCAGAAACUUGGAGGAUCUUCAGACCCACUGCCUCAGGUUGUUGGGCUGACUGCCUCAGUUGGCAUCGGGGAUGCCAAAAACACAAUGGAAGCCAUGGAAUAUAUCUGCAAACUGUGUGCUUCUCUUGACACAUCAGUGAUAGCAACAGUCAAAGACAACUUGGAGGAAUUGGAAGAAAUUGUUUAUAAGCCCCAGAAGUUUUUCAGGAAAGUGGAAUCACGGACUACUGACAGAUUUAAAUGCAUCAUAUCUCAGCUGAUGAGGGAGACAGAGAGUUUGGCAAAGAAUGUCUUUGAUGAACUCGGUACCAUAACUCUCGAAAAUGUAUCUCAAAUUCAAAAUAGGAAUUUUGGAACACAGAAAUAUGAACAAUGGAUCGUUUCUGUUCAGAAGGCAUGCAUGGUGUUUCAGUUGCCCAACAAAGAUGAAGAGAGCAGGAUUUGUAAAGCACUGUUUUUGUACACUUCCCACUUGCGGAAAUAUAAUGAUGCCCUCAUUAUCAAUGAGCAUGCACGAAUGAAAGAUGCUCUGGAUUACUUGAAAGACUUCUUCACUGAUGUCCGAGCAGCAGGAUUUGAUGAGAUUGAGCAGCAUCUCACUUGUAGAUUCGAAGAAAAGCUGCAGGAACUGGAAAGUAUUUCCAUGGAUCUCAGCAAUGAGAACCCUAAACUCAAAGAUCUCUCCUUCAUCUUGCAAGAGGAGUACCACUUAAACCCAGAGAGUAGAACUAUCCUCUUUGUGAAAACCAGAGCACUUGUGGAUGCUUUGAAGAAAUGGAUUGAAGAAAAUUCUGAACUCAGCUUCCUAAAACCUGGCAUAUUGACUGGACGUGGCAAAACAAAUCACAAUACAGGAAUGACACUCCCAGCGCAGAAGUGUGCAUUGGAUGCAUUCAGAACUGAUGGAGAUAAAAAGAUUCUGAUUGCCACCUCAGUUGCUGAUGAAGGCAUCGACAUUGCUCAGUGCAAUUUGGUCAUCCUGUAUGAGUACGUGGGCAAUGUCAUCAGAAUGAUCCAAACCAGAGGCAGAGGAAGAGCAAGAGGUAGCAAGUGCUUCCUUCUAACUAGCAAUGCUGAUGUAAUUAAAAAAGAAAAACUAAACAUAUACAAAGAAAAAAUAAUGAAUGACUCCAUUUUAAGCCUUCAGAUGUGGAAUGAAGCAGUAUUUAAAGAAAAGGUUCUCCAGAUACAGAUUCAAGAAAAAAACAUCAGAGAUAGUCAAGAAAAAGUAGAACUUGUACCUGAUAAGGAAAAUAAAAAACUGCUCUGUAGAAAGUGCAAAGCCUUUGCAUGUUAUACAGCUGACAUCAGAGUGGUGGAGGAAUGCCAUUACACUGUGGUUGGAAAUGCAUUCACGGAGUGCUUCGUGAGUAAGUUACACCCUAAACCAAAGACCUUUGGGCAUUUUGAGAAGAGAGCAAAGAUCUUCUGUGCCAGACGGAACUGUGGCCAUGACUGGGGAAUCCAUGUGAAGUAUAAGACAUUUGAGAUUCCAGUUAUCAAAAUAGAAAGCUUUGUGGUAGAAGAUAUUGUGACUGGAGCUCAGAAACUAUAUGCAAAGUGGAAGGACUUUCCUUUUGAGAAGAUACCCUUUGGUUCUCCAUAAAUACCCAAAUGACCUUGGGACCUCAAUCUUGAGCUAAAAGGAAUGGGUGACCUUGAGAGAAGAAAUGAACCUCAGUGGGUAGUCAGGGCUCGCUUAUACCAGCAUGUAUCUGUCACUUAACUUCACCCUGUUUACUGUUAGCAGUUUGAACUGUACCCUAUAUAUAAAGCACAAGUAAAUGAAUCACAGCACUAAUGCUCCAUGGGCUAGUGGAGCUCUGAGUACUUGGAAAAGAUUAAAAAGCCUUCUUUUCCUAUCCUUCCUUUCACAGCUCAGUGCCAGUGUACCCCCCAGUAACCACUCAGUACACAUUACAAUAAAUAGAAUGAAUAAAUGGA